AUAUGUGUGUGUGUGUGUACUUUUAUUGGACGUGAUUUGACGUGAUUAUCUGUGACAGCUAUGUUUUGACAACUGUAUGUAAUUUUAUUGUGAGAGACUGAAUAACAUUACAUCUCGUGGAUUUUGUUACAUUAAAAAAAAAAAAUAUAUAUAUAUAUAUAUUUGUGCAGAGCAUCGAAUCUGAUCAACGUAAAUCUAAAUUUCUCAUCUAAUCUAGAUUUUUUUAUAUCAGCUGUGAUCUAGGAUUCACUGAAUAUUGCUCAAUAUAUGUACUUUUCAAUGCAUAUGUAAAAUAACGUUAAAUAUUAACCGUUUGUGCCUAUAUUUUUUAUUUUAAACAAAUGUGUCAACGAUCGAAGUAAAUAAAUGUUAGGUUAGGUUAAUUUCACAUUUUAUAUAUUGACAACACACAAGAUGAUUAAAAUUAUUUAUAAUAAUUAAUAAUAACUAUACAUUUGAUGUGACAACGACCAAUUUUAAAUUUCAUAAAAAUAAGAUAAUAAAAAAAAAAAAAACAGUGCGAAUGAAAUAACAAAUUUAAUUGAUGCAAAAUGCAAGCAGAAGUAAACAGCAUAUUGAAAAAGUCAUUGCAAAAAGCUAGAGAACACAACAGAACUGGAAAUGUUGGAAAAGCUUAUGCAUAUUACACUAUUGUUGUAGAAUUAUGUCCAGCAAAGAGAUCGGAAAUUGAAGAAACAUUUACAGAUGUGCUAUGUGAAUGGGGAAUACAAUUAGCAGAAGACAACAGAUUUUCAGAUGUUAUACGCUGUUAUAAACAUUCUUUGGAUAUUUAUCCAAAUAAUGCUCGUAUGCUCAAUAAUUUUGCAGCACACUUGUUACGGAAUAACAAUCCUAUAAGAGCACUACAGUAUUUAAGAAGAGCUUUGAAAGUUGAUCCGAACUUUCUACCGGCAGAACGAAAUUUGCAAAAUGCAUAUAGUAUGGCAGUGGACAGAUGGCACUUUACAAUGCUUAAUGACAAGUGCAGAAACAAUGCUUUUGAGAAAGCUAUAUGCAAGAGAAUUAAUCAAGGAUAUGAUACAGUGUUGGAUGUUGGAACUGGUACAGGUCUUUUGAGUCUAUAUGCCAAAGCUGCAGGAGCCACAAAGGUGUAUGCAUGUGAAUGUUCUGAAAUAAUGGCGCUAAUUGCAAAGAAUGUAUUUGAAUCUAAUAAUGCAACUGAUAUAAAGUUAAUACCAAAACUGUCAUUCGAUCUCAAAAUACCUAUAGACAUUUCGGAAAGAGUAAAAUUAAUAGUGACUGAAACAUUUGAUGCUGGCUUAUUUGGAGAACUUGUAGUACCAUCUUUGAUUAACAUACACACGAAGAUUUUAGAUACGGAUGGUAUGGUAAUACCUAUGGGUGCGACAGUUUAUAUAGCGGCUAUUGAAUGUGAACAUAUUAGAUACAGAUCAUCGGUGGUUUUUGAUAGGAUAAAAGAUAAGAGUACUUUAAAUUUUAAUAAGGUAUCUAUAUUAUCAGAUGAUGAAUAUUACGAUACAGAAAAUCUGGAAAAAGUUCAAAUUAAUUAUGUAACAGAACCACAAGUUCUGUUUAAUGUAGAUUUUAAUAAUUUGUUACAAUUGCAAGAAUUCUGCAAAGAUGGAAUAAAACAAAUGUUACAAACAAAAUGCAGAUACGAUGGCAUCCUAGAUGGUUUAGUUGCUUGGUUCAAGUUAUAUCUGGAUGAGGAAAUUACGCUGGAUUCUUCGGAUGGGAAGACUUGUUGGCAACUUGCUGUUUUUCCGGCAAUACCGAUUAUAUGCCAUGAAAGCGAUAUCUUGACGAUAAAAGCGGAAACAUUGAAGAGUAAAUUGAAAUGUUCUUAUAGCGCGAGCAAUGCGCAAUCAAGCAAGGAUUGUAAAUUUUUAUAUCGCUUGCCAAAAGAAGUAAUUGUCUUUCUAAAUGACUUUAAUUAUAUCGAAUUGCUCACAGAGAUCGGUAGAUAUCAAGAGAAUAAAGAGAUGAAAUAUAUUUUGGAUACUUCGCCUUUUCCAAUUUACGGGUUAACACUAUUAAAGGAAUAUAAAGAUAGUAAAAUUUUAUACUACAAAACUGACAACGAAACUCUUCGUUUUCUGAUUGAACAAGUAGCUCAAGAUAACGGGCUUCGAGAAAAAGUGCAUAUAAUAUCAAAUUAUGAUGAAAUUCCAUAUUCUUUAGAUUCUAUAUUAGUUCAUAAUUUUGACAUUAAAGGUGAAUUGAAAGACGAUCGGGAUAAUUAUUUAUUUUUCAGGUACUUACUUAAAAAACCAAAUGGUGUGUUAUUGCCAGAAAAAAAUUUUCUUAUGGGACAAUUAGUGUACUCAGAAGAUUUACCAAACAUGGUUUAUGUGCAAGAUGUAAAUCUCCAGAAAUCACCCAAUAAUCCUAUUUGUCUUGAUAUAAGUUCAGAUAAUAAAGACAAUCUACAAAAUAAUACAACCAAUAAAGUAAAUAAAAGUACAAAUUAUAUAGUUGCAGAACAUAUUAAUAAUUAUAAGAUUAAUCAAAUAUUUGAUUUGAACUCGAGUUUGUAUUCAUGUGAGAUCAUGUCUGAGGUACAAACACUAAUAGAAAUAAAUGAAAUGGAGACUACCGAGGCAAUCGUGAAUUUCGGGCAAAUAAAUAGCAUAAAAAAGAAAACUUUACCAAAUGCCUUAAUAUGCUGGUACAGGGUUCAACUUAGUCCACAUCAUAUACAUGAUACAGAGAAGAAUGGUUCUUUUAUGAAUCAUACCGCAAUCGUUUUUGAAGAUGAACUCAAAAACAUUAUUUUGAAAGAUAAAGAAGUAAAAAUUAAAGUCCAUCAGAUGAAAGGUUUAAUAAAAAUCACAGUACUAAAUUUGUGAAAUGUAUACAAAAAGAAUAAACUAUUUUAUAGUUUUGUACAAUUU